GUCGCUCAACAUGUCCACCGCCAAAUCAAACAUUUCAAAGAAGAAAUAUUUUUCUUUUCUGAGGAAGGUCCCGUCAAAGCGGCUUCGGUUCUAAUUUCCAAAACAAAAAGAAGUUCCAAACCAACGAUGUAUGCGAGGACUAAUGCCGGCAGCUCACAUGGAGAUUUUCCUGACAGAAACGGAGUGAAUUAUGUGACAUCGACAGAGUCCUUCGGCCACUGCUCCCAAUUGUUCUGGAAAAAGGAUCCAAACGACUCGAGUACGACCAUCAACUGGUGUGACCAACUCCCUACAUCGUCAGCCGCACUGUCAAGCUCCAGUCUCUCUUCAGCGUCUCUCUCCAGUUCCAGUCUCUCCUUAGAAUCUCGAGCACCGGUCCCAGCAACAUCCACAUCAGAUGACAUGGAUUCGGACGAGAGGCCGUAUGUCUGCGACUUGUGCAGCUGUGCCUACAAACAUGCCAGCUCCUUGCUCAACCACAAGCUCACUCACAAGACUGGAGACUUCAGAUGCGACUUUUGUAGCAAGCCCUACACCAACUAUAUGUCCUUGCGGAACCAUAUGAGAAUCCAUGGUCAGAAGCGUUACAUGUGCGAUCGCUGUGGGAAAGCCUUUCGAUUGGCACGGUACCUCCGCAACCACCAGAGAAUCCACGAUGACGGGCCAAACCGCUUUGACUGUCCUUCCUGCUCAAAGAGUUACAGGACCAUGUUGGAGCUGGCACAACACCGUUGUGGUUCUGCUUCAUCCGGCCAGAACCGGUUCAACUGCCCGUCCUGCUUUAAGAGCUACAGAACCAUGCUGGACCUGGCCCAGCAUCGCUGCAGAGCUGCGCCCAAAAACCAGACUGGUAGCCGUCGCUCAAAUUUCUCUGCUGCACCUCGCCGUCAACAACAACAGCAGCAGCAGCAGAAUAAUGCCUCCUCCUCCAUGAUGCAGUCACAGCACGGAGGACACAGUCAACAGGAACCUCUGCCCUCCCACUGCGUAUCUCCCAUGUCUCAAGGAGGCCAGAGUGGUGGCGUGGCCAGUCAGUCUGUCCCUGACCACCAGGUAGGGAGGAUAUACCAGGUCCGUCCCAGCUCUGUGUCGUCCCAGAGCAGCCAGCAAAGCAUGAGGAGCUCAUCCUCCUCCAAACACAUCUCCUCCUCCAGCAGUACAUCAACUUCCUCCUACUCUCUUCUCCAGCCCCUGGUUCCUGAGGUAAAGGAGAUGAGCUCGGGAUACACUAGGCUGAGCGCCAAUCCCAUGCCGAAGCACCAGGACACUUUUUCUCUGGCUCCUCAGCGGCCCCUCACCACCAUCAACCCCAUAGCCCACUCCCUCCAUCCAAACGGAGCCCCCACACUCAAGCCUUCGCCCGUGCCACGUACCAUCCAGGCUAUGCCCUGGGAGCAGCGCUCGCUCUAUAAUCAAUAAAAUUUUGGGAACCAGGCCCCUCCCGCCUCCUUGCAUCCGACACAACCCCCCACUCUUCCUUAGCGUCCCCGUCGUCGCUUCCGCCAUCAAGGAUGGAGGACGUCACCCGUGCCACGUUUGAGUCCCUGGCCCUGAGGGACUUUGUAUGUGGGAAUGGGGAACUGCAACCAUUCAGAACUAGUUGAGAUGAUUACUGAGUAGUUUUUUUGUGUGUUGCCUUGCCCCUCAUGUAUGAUCCAUACUGGGCAUAAGUUCAUGUCUGUCAUUUCAUUCAGAUUUAAUCUCCCAUCUCCUGCUCUCCUUGUGGAAACAAAAUAUAUCCUUUCCCUCAUUUUGGAUGACAUGAACUGCUUUUGAAUAAAUAUUGACUAGCCUAACUGACCCUUACUUUCAAGAUAAAGUAGCUAACAAAUGUCCUGGAUCUUUCUGCAGUGAGAAAAAGGGAAGGAAAGUCUUCUUUCCUCUUUACCUCCUUAGGCGCCACAGUGAACAUUGUGCAUAUCAGGUGUCAUCACUACUUAAUGAUGUUUACAAGUCGUGUUUACCCACAAAUAAGCAUUGAGGAACGACUGUCAUUUGAAAUCUACCUUCCAGGCUUAAAGCCCGCACCUUCCACAAUAAAAGCAAACACAACUGCUCACACAUGAGUUGGAGCCAGCAAGAAACCCAGUUUGGCAUGUGGCUUGUACCUCAAAUCUAAAAGCGUUCCCACUUCUUUCCAUCUGGAUCUGAUACACAACUGAGAAGAACAGCGUAUGUUUGAACUUAAAAGACCAAAACUGCAAGCAAGCAGUGUUGACCCAAAACACACAAAGUUCAUCGGGGCAGAAAGGGGAAAGCUUUCCACUGGCUAAGCCAGUCUCCAGGCUUCAAGCCUGUGCAACGGGGGAGUCAAAGUGUAGACCGGGGGCACCUUGUGUCCCACAGCUUGUUUUUUCGUUGCCUCGUGGCACAUUCUAGAAAUAAAAUGAAACAUGGCCUGCAUCAGAACAUAACAUUGUGAAAUAUUGAACCACAUGAAAAACAAAAAAUGGCACUUAAACUAAAAUGGACGCUACUGAGCUUGUUUAGACUGAUUGUAAAUCCGGCUGUUUAUACCUGCCAUCUUGUCGUUUCACUCACGAGCCAAAGCUCAUGAGAACUUUACCCUUUGGUUCAUUUCCUGCUUCACCACAACAAACUGAUGAAUAGUCCGCAUCAAGCUCUGCGGCCAGUCUACGGCUCCAAAAUCGCCAAGUCACACGUGUGACCUAUUUGUACGUUUCUUCUUUUUUUGCACGUAAACCAGCCGUCGGAGCCCGUAUGACUGGUUGUAACUUAAGCUUCAGACAAGACCUGUUCCAGUACCUUAGCUCCUACGUUGUGUAUCAGAUCAAUAUUCAUUCACACACUGGAAGUCGAGUGCUCGUUUUCAGACCUCUUUUUAGAAUUACUGUUGUGAUGAGUGAAGGUACACUCAAGAGUCAGUUUGUGCCCACAUGACAGCUGCACUUGCCAAAAGACAAAGUAUGUAUGUAGCUCAGGACUCAGGCGCCGCUCCAAAAGGAUUACCGGUAGAGAAAGCACCACGGUAGAGUUUCACUACAGCCGCAACUGUCCUCUUGACGAUCUACCUGCAGUGUGUGUAGCGUUCAAGCUGCCCGUCUGCAAAUACAUCCACAUGCAUCUGCAUGUAUUUUCAUGUUACAGCCAUGGAAUCCAGGUGUAGUGGGGGAAAUAAGUAUUUACUGGUUGUGUAACUGCCCCCCCCCCCCUUACAGAGAUGUGAACAGUCCAUUUUAUGGUAGCUUUAUUUUUAAAGAGAUGUCCUAUAACUGAAAAAUAAAUAUUUGAUCCCCAUAGUGACAUAGUACUUGGUGGAGAACUCAGGUUUUGCUUUUUACAGUUCACUCUUUCAAGUUACAGCGCUUGCCACAGAUUUCCUACCAGGUUAUGGUCUGGAGACUGGUUACUCCAGGGUCUUAAUGGGGUCUUCUUAGUUGUAUGGUUUGGGUCAUCAAAUUAGAAGACCCACACAAGAACCAUAUGUAGGGUACAUGGCGCCCUGUUCAGCAGCCCCGCAAUAAAUUCAAUAAAAGUUGGUAAUACAUAUAUACUUCCUGAUCAAAUACUUAUUUCAAACCACUACAAAUGAAUUCAAACCUAAGUUAUAUGAAGGCUACCAUAGCAUAUAUCUCUUGGGAGGGGGGGGGGACUUAUUUUCCCAACUUGUAUGUACGUAGCUGUUACUUCUAUAUUAAAUUAUCCACAGUCCUACUGACAUGCCUCUUAAAAUGUUUUUUUUAUCCAUCACGUCUCUUCAUAGUUGCUUUCUCUUUCCUUGUAAAGUGUCUUUGAGUAUUUAGAAAAGUACUAUACAAAUAAAAUGUUUUAUUAUCACCAACA